GGUUUUAUUCUAUUUUUACACCGGGAUUUUGUGCCCGCCAUUUUAGUUCUGUAUGUCACGUGACCUCAAAAACAUUGGUGGUUGGUUGCCGGGUUAAGUUAAGAAAGACAUUUCAGUAGAUAAUAUUCUUAAAUUUAAAGUUUUUUUGUAAAUUUAGUCACGUAAAAUGGAUACGCGAAAAUUGACAGAUGUUUUGAGGGCUACUUUAGAUCCUAAUCAACGUCAGCAGGCUGAAGAUCAGCUUGCUCAGAUCCAUAAAAUAAUUGGAUUCGCGCCCUCGCUGCUUCAAGUGGUGAUGUUGUCCGAUGUGGACAUGCCGGUGAGGCAAGCAGGCGUCAUCUACCUGAAGAACCUGGUGACGCAGAGCUGGGCGGACCGCGAGGCGGAGCCCGGCCAGCCGCUGCCUUUCAGCGUGCACGAGCAGGACCGCGCCAUGUUGCGCGAUGCCAUCGUGGACGCCGUGGUGCAUGCCCCGGAGGCGGUGCGCGCCCAGCUGGCCGUGUGCGUCAGCAGCAUCGUGAAGCACGACUUCCCCGGCCGCUGGACCCAGGUGGUCGACAAGAUCAGCAUCUACCUGCAGAACCCCGACGCCGCGGGCUGGACGGGCGCCCUGCUCUGCCUCUACCAGCUCGUCAAGAACUUUGAGUACAAGAAGCCGGAGGAGCGGGGACCCCUGAAUGAAGCGAUGAACUUGCUGUUCCCCAUGAUCUACCAGCUGUGCAUGCGCCUCCUGCCCGACCAAUCGGAGCAGUCUGUGCUGCUGCAGAAGCAGAUACUGAAGAUCUACUUCGCUCUGACGCAGUACGUUCUCCCGCUGGACCUGAUCUCUCGGGAAGUGUUCUCGCAGUGGAUGGAGAUAGCGCGCAUCGUCGCUGACCGGCCCGUGCCGGAGCAGACCAACGCUGUCGACGAAGAGGACAGGAUGUUCCUGCCGUGGUGGAAGUGCAAGAAGUGGGCCCUGCACAUCCUCUACAGGAUGUUCGAAAGGUACGGCAGCCCGGGGAACGUAACCAAAGAAUACAAGGAGUUUUCGGAAUGGUACCUGAAGACAUUUUCCGCUGGCAUAUUGGAGGUUCUUCUGAAGAUACUGGAUCUGUACAGGAAGAAAAUAUACGUAUCACCACGUGUCCUGCAACAGACAAUAAACUAUAUUAAUCAGGGGGUGAGCCACGCUUUCUCUUGGAAGUUCCUGAAGCCUCACAUGCUCACCAUCAUACAGGACGUUUUGUUCCCUAUCCUGUGUUACUCGGCAGCCGACGAGGAACUGUGGAACACGGAUCCUUACGAGUACAUCAGGGUUAAGUUUGACAUAUUCGAGGACUUUGUCUCACCGGUGACGGCGGCCCAGACGCUGCUGCACUGUGUGUGCAAGAAGCGCAAGGACAUGCUGCAGAAGACGAUGCAGUUCGUCAUGCAGGUGCUGACGUCGCCCGGGGCAGACCCCCGGCAGAAGGACGGCGCCUUGCACAUGGUGGGCGCGCUGGCGGACGUGCUGAUGAAGAAGAAGCUGUACAAGGAGCAGAUGGACACCAUGCUGUGCCAGUACGUGUUCCCGGAGUUCGGCAGCCCGCGGGGCCACAUGCGGGCGCGGGCCUGCUGGGUGCUGCACCACCUCAGCGACAUCCGCUUCAAGCAGGAGGCGGUGCUGGCGGAGGCGCUCCGCCUGGCGACGGGCGCCCUGCUCCGCGACGCCGACCUGCCCGUCAAGGUGGAGGCGGCCAUCGCCCUGCAGAUGCUGCUGGGCUCCCAGGAGAGGGCGCACAAGCACGUCGAGCCUCAGAUCAAGCCUAUUACGUUGGAACUACUGAGGAUCAUCCGUGAGACUGAAAAUGACGACUUGACGAGUGUCAUGCAGAAGAUAGUGUGCACAUACACAGACCAGUUGAUGCCGAUAGCUGCAGAAAUUUGUCAGCACUUGGCGUCGACGUUCAGCCAGGUGCUGGACACGGACGAGGGCUCUGACGAGAAGGCCAUCACGGCCAUGGGGCUGCUCACGACCAUCGAGACCCUGCUGACGGUGAUGGAGGACCAGCCCGAGGUGAUGGCGCAGCUCCAGCCGACGGUGCUGCAGGUGGUGGGCCACAUCUUCUCCCAGAGCGUGGUCGAGUUCUACGAGGAGGCCCUGUCCCUGGUCUACGAGCUCACCAGCAAGACCGUCUCCCCGGACAUGUGGAAGGUGCUGGAGCUCAUCUACCAGGUGUUCCAGAAAGGAGGGUAUGACUACUUCACCGACAUGAUGCCGGCUCUUCACAACUACGUCACAGUGGACACGCCGGCGUUCCUCUCCAACGAGAACUAUGUCCUCGCAAUGUUCAACAUGUGCAAAGCAGUUCUGACGGGGGACGCGGGCGAAGACCCCGAGUGCCACGCGGCCAAGCUGCUGGAAGUCAUCAUUCUGCAGUGCAAAGGCCACAUAGACCAGUGCAUCCCCUCGUUCGUGGAGCUGGCGCUGCAGCGGCUGACGCGGGAGGUGAAGACCUCGGAGCUGCGCACCAUGUGCCUGCAGGUGGUCAUAGCCGCGCUCUACUACAACCCCCAGCUGCUGUUCGACACGCUCGACAAGCUGCAGACGGCCGUGGCGUCGCCCGCAGAGUCCAUAGCCUCGCACUUCAUCAAGCAGUGGAUCCACGACACGGACUGCUUCCUCGGGUUGCACGACCGGAAGCUGUGCGUGCUGGGACUGUGCACGCUCCUGGCCACGCCCGCCUCCCGGCCCGCCGCCGUGGCCGAGUGCGCCGCGCAGAUCGUGCCAUCCCUCAUUCUCCUGUUCGACGGCCUCAAGCGAGCAUACAUAGCCAAGGCCCAGGAAGGCGAGGAGGAAGAAGACGACGAGGAAGAGAGCGACGCUGAGCAAGAGGUGCUGUCGAGCGACGAAGACGAGAUCGACGAGGCGGGGCAGGAGUACCUGGAGUCCUUGCAGGAGAAGGUGACCAAGUCCGGCGGACCUUUCAACGUGCAGGCCUACAUCCAGGGAGACGAGACGGACGACAGCGACGACGAAGACUACGAGCCCAACGAGGAGACGGCGCUGGAGAGCUACAGCACGCCCCUCGACGAGAAGAACUGCCCCGUGGACGAGUACGUGGUGUUCAAGGAAGUGCUCCACGACGUCCAGAGGAACGACCCCACGUGGUACCACGCGCUCGUGGGCGCCCUCACGCCCGAGCAGCAGAAGUCCCUGCAGGACGUGUUCGUGCUGGCGGACCAGAGGAAGGCCGCCGCCGAGAGCAAGAGGAUAGAGCAGAGCGGGGGUUAUGUUUUCAACCAACAGACUGUGCCUACAUCGUUCAAUUUCGGCGGUACACCGCUCGGACGGUAAAAUGCACCCGACACUUGACACCUGAUACUAUUUCGUGUUUUGGGACCGACUGCAUUUCUGUGCCCAUAGUUUACGCAAAAUCUUUGUGACAAGAAAAAUAUUAAAUGGGGUUCACUUUUUUGUUAGGUGUCGUACACCUCAGCUGUGUAAGCCUAUUUUGUACUUUCUGUUAACAGUUCAAAAAGUUUUAGCACUAUUUCUAUGAAAUUUUGUCGUUGAUCUUGUCAAAUUGUAUGAAAGUUUACAUUGUAUAAUAAAAUAUAUUGAUGAUAUUAAUGAGAAUAUUUAAUGAGAUAUGAAUUAUAGAAAUUAAUGGAACCUUUUUGCAACAGAAACUAAUAACUAUCUUAGGUGGGAAUAUUACAUUUCUUUAAUCAGACAGAGCAAAAGUCUGAUUGAACGUGAUGUGUUUCAAUGCAGCUGAUAAUGCAACUUGUUUCUUGUCCAUCUUUACCUUAUUAAAAAUUUAAAUAAUAUUACAUCACCAUGUUCUAAGCUAUGUGGUCAAUCCUACUUAUAAUUUUUAUGAUUUUGACAAGUUUUAAAGACAUAAUUCAAGCAAAUGUUUGAUUACUGUAUCAGGUUUUCUUUCAUCGAUUUUAUAAUGGCUGUAUAUAUACAUAUAUAAUAUAUAUGUAGUGUGUUUAUUUCACAAGUAUAAACAAAUACUCUUAUCAGAUAAUUUUUGUGCUUACUGUAACGUGGAUAAGUUUUGCAAAUUUUCUUAAACAUGUUCACUCUAACAUUUUAUUAUUUAUUAGUUACAGAGAACUUAAAACUGUUGGUUAUUAUUUGUGUAAUUAAGUUUUAUUUAAAUUAUUAUGUUAGAUUAGAAGAUAUUUUGUGUAUUUGCUUAGCUUUUACAUUGUAAAAUUCUCUUUUAAGUUUGUUGUUUGUUUCGUAAUGUACAUUUGUGGUGGCAAUUACAGAACGCUGUUGCAUUUUUGCAAAGUCUAAAGCUGGAUAUUGCUUGUGUUUGUUUUUCUUCUUUUCCCAAUAACUUCAUGUUAUCAAAAUUUGUUUUUUCGUUAUAAGUAAGGACAAGAUUAUGUAGUGAAUUGCGAUAAAACCAAACUAACAUCAAAAAUCAUGUCACUACACCAUAUAACAUUGAAAUGCAAGUUAAUGAACCAUAAAGCAUGGAAAUGCAACUGAAAAAACAAAAUAAACAGCAUUUGUAAUCAAAAUUUUAACUCAAAACACAGAAACUUAUUUGUUUCAAUAGUUUAGAUUAUAUCGAAGAAUGUAACAUAUUUAGCAUUAAAGUUUUACCAAAUUUAUGUACAUACUAAUUAAUAGAUAACACUUUUUUUAUUACUUUUUUGAUCUGUUAACUGUUAUUGGUAGAGACAAGAUUUUAUGGUUUUAUUUUUAGUCCAAUUUAAUUUUUUAAUACAUGAGUUCGGAUUUGUUGUUUUCAUUUAUAUAAUAUAGCAAUAAAAAAUACAUGCUACAUUUUUACUAUAAAACAGUCUGUGUUAAAUUGGUCUAAAACAGUUAACAUUUAGUACAUUAAAAAGAAUUACCGAGCAUUUGUGGUUUGAAAUUGAGUAAGAGAUGCACAAUAAAGCAAAUUUAAUCAAUUUUUCCUGUCCAUGCGCUUUAGUAACAAAUUUUGUCUGGAUAUAAUAACAACCCUUGAAUUUCAAACAUUAAAUGAUUACUUUAUUUUUAUUAUUUAAAUUAAGUUUUGGUUAAAUGCUACUUAAUUUCAUAAUUUAACUUGAAUUGAACGGUGCUAUAUGGUGUAUUAACUUAAAUUUUGGUUUUAUUGCAAUUUACAGUAUAAUUUCCCCCUAGUUAUUAGUAAUUCAUUUUUACAUUGUGACAUUAAUAAGUUUUUUUUUUCAAACACUCAAUUACAAUCAGCCAAGGAUGUAUCAAUCUAAAUAAACUAUUUUGGUGUUUUUUUUAAGUAUUAUGAAACAUUUGUGUCGUGUUUUGUUUAAUAAUAUUCUAUAUUUAUGAAGGAAAAAAAACAAAGUUAAUUUUAAAAAAAAUUACACUGAAAUCUCCUGUUCUAAAAACUAAAUUAGCCUAAAAAGGUAACCAUAAAGUCUUGUCCCUAGUUAUAAGAUGGUAGCACUGUGGCUCCUAACUACUAUAGCUUUUUUUUCCCCUGAACACUGCUGAAGAUUGCAGUUGCAGUAUGCACUUUGAAGGAAAGUCACAUAGUGCAGUAAUUGCAGGGCAGCCUAAAAUACUGGAUUAUAAAUUAUUGUUUGCGAGGAACCACACAUUACUGCGUAAAAGUAUUUUUUUACAAGAAGUGCAUUACAGUAGAAAACAGAAGUGUGUGUGUGUACAUAAUAUAUAGAAAAUGUUUUUCACUCGUGUAGAUAUAAUGCUGCAGACGUUGGUUGUACUUGUGCUUUGUUAUAUAAAUAAUUUCAUCCGA